UUAUACUGCUGCUGAUGUCUACUCAGAUUAGAAAGCUUCAUGUAUAUCUUUGCUUCAAGUAGGGUAGUUUGACGCACGCAAUGAGAUUACACCAGCCCAGCAUCGCCAGGUAGCUUAGCUAGCUCAUCGCAAGCUUGCCCCGUGCGAGCCUCACCCUCACGUACGACACCGGCCAGCUUCUUUCUUCCCGGCCGGUAUAUAUGGUGGAUGUGGAGGUCGUCUUCGCCGUCGUCAGCCUCCUGGCCGUCGCUACAAUGGCCUACCUGCUUCGCAAGUGCGCCCGCAACGCCGCGUCUGCUGAGGCCACAGCGCCGCCGGUGCGCCCGCGGGAGGAGCGCGCCUGGGCAGCUGAGGGGGACGUGGACGUCGAGGCCGGGCUCGACGAGGCCGCGCUCAAGGCGCUGCCCAAGGUGGUGUACGGCGAGGAGGAGGUGGAGGCGGGCAAGACGGCCGCGGCGUGCUGCGCGGUGUGCCUGGGCGAGUACGCCGGCGGGGACGUGCUCCGUGUGCUGCCCGAGUGCGCGCACGCCUUCCACCAGCACUGCGUCGACCGGUGGCUGCGGAUCCAACCGACGUGCCCCGUCUGCCGAUCGUCGCCGGUGCCCAGCCCCGUCGCGACGCCGCUAUCCGAGCCCGCGCAGUCCUGA